AUGAAGGGAACCAAAUGCUUAAUGCAGACAYGUUCUCGCCAGCAAUCAUUUCAUCAUGCUGGCGUCGCGAUGUAUUUAAUUUAUGCGCAACUGAUGAUGUCCAUUGAUUCCGCAGCUCUUGUGGACGCUGCGGCCGUCGGAGUGGCCGUCGAGGACAAAGUAACGUUAUCGUCGAGAAACGAAGCGACAAACCCGUUAAAAGAACCGACGCCCAGUACGCUACAAGGAGCUUUCUUAAGUUCUAACCUGACAGACAUUACCAAUGGUAGCACCAGCACCCCRCCGGCCGAGGUGUCCAUCACGUGCACGACCGCGGCUGCACCCCCCGAAACGGUUUGGAACGUGCAGACGGCUGCCGUGGCCACCCUGCCGGUCGAUGGACGCAACUUGUCGGUCAUCGCCACCAAAUCGGAGCCGGCUACUUCUAACAAACCACUGGAAUCGUGGACGGACGUCGUUUACACAAGCACCGAACAAUCUUCGUCAUCGMAGUCAUCGCCGUCGUCCGUGGAUGACACGACCACUGAAGAAGUGAUCGGCGGUGGCGAUUACGAUCACGACCUGAAUAACAAGAAUAUUGUAGCCAACAUGCUAAAGAGCUGGUUUAACCACAAAGACGACCCGACCACGCCAGAUGUGGCCACCAACAAGGGAUAUUAUACAAUGGCCACAAAAUAUUUAACCAAGGACGCCGGUAAAGAGAAGGAAAAAGGACCAACGGGUAACAGCAUUGCAGAAGAGGAGCCAGGUGCAGCCGCGGUACCGUCGUCCAAGGCGGUUACGGUGGCCGUCGUGGCCGGUAACAAGAGCCUGUUCGAGCGGUGGGACGAGGCGAGUGAGGAACAAGAACGCGUGCUGGAGGACGCUAUGCGUUCCGAAGGAUCUAUGAUGGAUGACGGUGAUGGCGGAGGCAACGGUGGCGGCUCAUCGUCGUCAGUGUUGGCCGCCGAUCAAAACACGCCCAGCCGGUGGUUCGUGUUACUGUUGUCCGGCAAUUCGACCGUGGCGCAGAUGCGGCGCACCGAUUUCGCAAAGUACCUCAAGCUGAACCUCGCGGCCAGACUGUCAYUGGAAUACGACGAGAUCAAGAUAAAUCGCGUGUUGGUCGUCCCUCCCCGUCUCAUGGUCAACGUAAGCGUCGUACCCGUCUCAGAACGGACCUCGUCAGCCGCUUCUGCGGCCGCUAUCGCCGCUGCUGCGUCGUCCUCUUUAUCGUCCUGGUCGCCGUCGGCCUCCGACAAGACCGUUGCGGCCAUCUCUGAUCGGGCGGUCGAGGAUGACGACCCUCUGCACAAUCUGGUUGAAACCAACGCCACGCUCAUGGAACUGUCAGGAGAAGAAUAUCGGGUGGAGAGAUUCAUGUCACUGAAAUCGCAAAAGCCACAAUCGAUGGAAGAGACGUCGGCCGUGGUGAGUGACCGGCACGCGGACAUCGACUUCUUCAUAUACGCCACAGUGGGCCCGCUGUGCUUCAUCGUCGUGCUCGGAUUCUUGUUGCUGACGCUGUACAAGUACGUGCGCAAACAUCCGGUCCAGUGGCCGUGGACACGCAAGUUCCGGCAACCGUCGUUCUGGCCUGGUGGUGAACAUCAGCACCGCCACCGUCGGAUGACGGACGAGUGCGGCGGCAGCGGAUGCGAUUUUGGAGCGUCGUCUUCGAUCGACGACCAAACGUCCGGCGGUGGUGGCUCGGUGAACGUCAUCUAUUCGGGCGAGUUUGAGCAGAGCCAACAGCAACAGCUGUCCGGUUCGUGGUUGGACGACGCUAGUUUCGUGCCUGACGAUAGUCUAGACAGGAUACGCACACCUACGCUGCGGCGGACGGUCCCGCCCAAGAAUAAGACGUUCACGGACAUGCUACAGCAGUGUAGCGACGGUGACGGCGGUGACAUCACUGGCGUCGGUGUUGGUGCCACGGGCGGCGGUGGAGGCAUCGAUGGAGGCCCCGGCCAACAUCUGCACCGUCACCGGUCGUCGCGGGAUGGACAGUGCGCGGCCGCCGUGCAUCACGCGCAGAGUCCMCGCCUCAGCCGGGACAACAAGCUGCGCAUUUUGGGAUGUAAACAGUCAUGUCUGCUGCUCCCCGCCGUACAACCGGUGGCCGCCGAAAAAAUGACGGCGACGACAACAACAACAACAACGACAAUGUCAACUCCAUCGCCGCCUCCACCACUGUUGGCACCGCUGUCCCCGCCCCAACCGCCGGCGUCACCGGUCGCAGGAGGCCGACAGCCCUGAACGCGUACCCGMUGAACAACAUCAGGGUAUACAACAACACGCGUGUAUUCAGGGCGUUUAUAGAAUGUCGGUCGGGAUAAAAUGGAUCCUGAUAACAACCUAACCGUGGUUAAGUGCUCGUUUUUCCACACACUCUUUCCGAAAAUUUACAAAACGCAUAAACGUGUGUUUAUUAAAACAUACAUGUAUACAUAAAAAAUGGUUAGGGGUUAGUCGUUUUUGAUUCUUACACACACACUCGAGAAACGUCUCGAAUAUAUUUCAGUCGUCAGAGGACAAUAUUAUAAAUAUAUAUGAUAAACUAUUUUAAUAUAAUAAUAUUAUUUUUGAUGUUUUUGGUGACAUUAGGUAUACGUCGUAUUAUGCAAUGGCACUGAAUUCCGUUAUCCGCACGAAUGCAAUAAUUUUAUAAUACCCUACCUAAAAUAUAAGUGCAUUUAAUAUUUUAUUGUCAUAUACCAUAUUACUAUG